AUGAGUGAACCCCCUAAGAGUGGCGGCUGCAGCGUUGUACCUCUUGUGACAAAACUGCUGGAGCAGAAAGACGAACGUGAGGCAAACGUGCAACAGGAAGAACGCAGUUCAAAUUGGUUAGCGCGCCCCACUGUGUCGGGUGCAGGGUGCAGCCGGUGGGCUGGAUCCCGAGGUGCCGAUGCGGGUGGCUAUCUCCCUUGCGAUCGCUUCCUGACUGACAGACACUCCGGGACCGUAACUACGCUGCGCGGCCAGAGAUCCAGUCGGUGCUCAGUUUUUAGCCGCCGCUUGUGUGUCUGUCAACCUGAGAGCCUUUGCGCGGGCGGAGCCGGGCAUUUGGAGAAACUCCGUUGGCUGUGCAGUAGUGUCAGCUGUAACCUUUACAGAAGCCGUUUAGCGGGCGUGGUUCUUCAGCGGUACCGCUGGGUGAGGGCACUUGACAUUAAUUUGGAGCCAGGCCAGAAUGUACUGGAAAUUGUACAAGGCUGUUUUGAAGAAAAAAGUCUUGCCAAUGAUUUUAGCACAGAUUCUACAAAUGUGGUGCUUCAUUCAACCCCCAAAAUAAAGGACACAUGUAUUCAAUUAGCAAGUGAAGAGUGCCAGAAAUCACAUACAGAGUCACUUCCAGUUUCUUCAAUGAAGGAAGAAGGCUGUUUGCAGCUCUUUAUAGACUCAGAUGAAGAUGCUAGCACAUCAGCUCAGGCCCAUGAAGUUUAUCAGAAAAUUGUGGCAUCUGGUUCUGAAAAUAUACCUGAUUUGGAAAGUGUGUCAAGUAGCAAACAAAAUGGCCGUCGGAGUGAAGCUGAUGAAGAAUUUUACUUAUCUGUUGGCCCACCUUCUGUUGUUUUAGAUACAAAGACAUUACCACAAAAUGCUAUUCCAUCUAUUGCCCAAAAGAAAGGGACUUACACUUUUGAGGAUUCAAUAAAUAUGUUGUCUUCAAGUACAGAGAUUUCUCUUAAAACCAAAAAAAGGUUAAACUUCAAUGAUAAAGAUAUUUUGAAGAAAGUAGAAAUGGAAGAUAAAGUAUCAGAAAGACCACAAGGAGGGAACCGAUCAGGAACAUCUCAGAAAAGAACACAAGAUUCAAAAUAUGAAAUUCAACCACAAGCUAAAAAGAGUUUUUCAACAUUGUUUUUAGAAACUGUCAAAAGAAAAACUGAAUCUUGUUCUGUUGUUAGGCAUGCGACAACCACUCCACCUCAGUCAUCUUCUCCAAAUGAUGUGAAGUUGUUAGAGGAUGAAUUUAUAAUUGAUGAGUCAGAGAAGAGUUUUGCCACUCGAUCUUGGAUUAAGAUACCCAGAAAGGCUAAGCCUCCGAAACAACACACAGUGUCCCCUGUUGAAAGCACUGUAAUCCUACAAGGAAGGAAAUUGAAGGAAAUAUAUCACAACGUAACGUUUGAGACAUUGACAGGUGAUCAGCAUUCACCUGGAGCUCACCACCCAGUAGAGAAAUUUCAGCCAGCUGAAGACAAAAAAUUGGGUAAAUCUUGUGUUUCAGCAGAUGAAAUGGAGGAUAAUUGUAAACCUACAAUAGAUGCAGUGUGUUCUGAGAAUGCAGAAAAGUCAUCUGGAAAUAAAAGCACUGUAAGACAAAAACAGAGGAAAAAAGUUAAGGCCAAUGUUAAAGAACAGCUUGAUAAGAGACGGCCUGAAGAUGAAAAUAUAAAUAUGUCUUUUACGUCCCAAGACAAGUUACAAAGAAAUUCAGACAAACAUAAGGACAUGUGUGAAGAGAUGAAAAAUGAUUAUGUUUCCAAAAAACAGAUGAUACAUGUGGGUAAAACUCAUGUUUCUAAAAAUGAAAAUCAGAAAAAAAUUAAGGAAAAAUUGAAAAGCAAGUCUUCUUCAAAUGAAUCCAAGAAGAAACUUGCACAUGAAGAAGUGACUGUGACUGUCACAAAAAGUCGAAGAAUUUCCAGGCGGCCAUCUAAUUGGUGGGUGGUCACAUCUGAAAGUAGUCCUGUUUGUAGCAGUUCCUUAAAAAAAAACAAAUCACCAUUGCAUCACAACAGAAGACAAAAACCUGCUACAAAAAUCAAUCAGUUAUCUAAGAAUAUUGAAAGGAAAACUGUUCCAUUUAAAAGACAGAAGACAGCUGCUCGAGGCAGUGCAAGAGCCCAGAAAUUGUUAAAUGCUAAAGAUUCUGGAAGUAUUAUUGACCAUGAUGAAAUUUCCGAUUCCCAGGAUAAGUCAUUGGAAAGUGGUGAGGCAGACCUGGCUAAGAAGAAAAGUCUUGAUCACUCUGGAGCUGUAAUAAGCUUACAGGAUCAAGACAAUUCAGAUAGUAAUAUGACUGUACAGAAUGUUCAUCUGAUGUCACCGACUGGUAUAUACACAUGGAAGACAGGAGCAGAUUUUGAAAAUCUGAAGACUUCAGUUUUGGAAGGAAGUGGACCUUCCAGGCUCCAGAAAUAUACGAUGUCUGGAAAGAAUUCUGAUGUGAGUAGAAAGAAAGCACAAGAAAAUUCAGGUAACUCAAGAGUAAAAAGAUCUACAGUGAUAAGAGAGGAAAAAAUACAUCACAAGUUAGUAUUGCCCUCCAAUACACCAAAUGUUCGCAGGACCAAGAGAAUACGAUUGAAACCUUUGGAAUACUGGCGAGGGGAACGAAUAGAUUAUCAAGCAAGACUAUCAGGAGGAUUUGUGGUUGGUGGAGUACUAUCCCCAGACACAAUGUCACCUAAAGGGAAGAAGGCAAAUGGAAACACAGGAAAAGUCAACAAAAUAACUAAUAAGAAAAGGAUCUGUCUUGAUAACAAUGAAAUAAAGAAUAAAUUAGUGGCAAAUCUGAAUAUACCCCUAGGAGAUCCUUUUCAGCCAACGAUGGUAAAGGACCCAGAAACAAGAGAGAGUAUUCUCAUGGAUCUUAUAAGGCCACACGAUACAUACCAAUUUUUUGUUGAGCAUGAGGAGUUGAGAGUAUAUAAAACAUUAGAUACACCUUUUUUUUCUACUGGAAAAUUAAUAUUAGGACCAUGUCAAGAAAAGGGAAAGCAGCAUGUUGGCCUAGAUACAUUGGUUUUUUAUGUUGACUUUGGUGACCUUUUGUGUACCUUACAUGAAACACCUUAUCUAAUCACUACUGGGGAUUCAUUCUAUGUUCCUUCAGGUAAUUAUUAUAACAUCAGAAAUCUCCUGAAUGAGGAAAGUGUUCUUCUUUUCACUCAGAUAAAAAGAUGA